AUGAACCGCUCUCCCCCUCUAUCUUAUGAGAGUUUGAAAAGUGUUCUCGGACAAAUGGAUGCAAAUACAAGAUUCCGCCUAUUCUCCAGAAUACCCUCGAUCCGCUCUACCGACAAAGUAGUUCCACUUCGGAUUCAAACGUUUUCGGCUCACAACAACAAAUUCAAAAUCAACGAUACGAAAUAUGAGGUGGCAAUCUACAAGAAGUACCCACAUGGCAUGACACCUCCAAGAGUUCAGGAAAUUAAUAAUUCUGGUGGGACACUCAGUGAUCUAGAUCGAUACGGAUUUGAAGAUGAUUCUGGAAAAAAUGUGUUGACUCCUGGAGAUGUAGAUUUGCGGGAUGGAAGGUUAACUGUAACAGCUGGUGAGCCGGGGUAUCAUCAGCAAAAUGGAAGGAUUCCGGAUCUGGAAAAAAACUUGGAGGAAUCGAGGAGAAAAAUUGAAUUUGUGAAAAGCUUUGGACCGAUAAGAUUGGUUCUUGAGAUGAACCCGGAUCACAAUGGGUUUCAGCUUCGAAAACUGGUUGAAAGAUUUCUAGACGGGACUGUAAAGGCCACCACCGAGCGCUCUCCUUACUUUGAGAAAGCACGAAAAAUGGCUUAUGACGAGCUAAACAGGGAAAUCAAUACUUAUAUUGCCAAGCUACAACCGUUCUAUUCCCGACGGGAUGGUCUACCAGUUCCAUAUGAGACCUUUCUCCAACUAACUGUAUCUUCGUGGCGUCAGGAAUACAUCGAGCGAGUUCGAUACAGUAAGAAACUUCAUGAAUCCGUAAAGUACCUUACCACUCGCCUGUUCGGAAGUCGUCGGCACCCUGUCCAUAUCAAGUUGCUCAAUCCUUGCUGGAAUGAGAUAAUGAGGCUCCCUAUGGGAUUGAGGCUGAAGAUUGAGGAGAUUGCGCAGGGGAUGAAUAUUCAUCUUCUGCAGAAACCAUUGGCUCUGUUGUUGGAUGCCCCAUUGAAGCGGCUGAAUACAAUUAUCAAUAACGAUGCUGAUUUCGAAUGUUCAAUUCUCCAGGAGGCUCGGUAUCUCGAGGUUUUAGAAAGCUAUCCAUACCACAUCCGGCCACCAGUUGUCUUGAAUCUUCAAAAUUUGAACUUCCACAAGAUAUCUCGAAUUGAGAACAACUGGUCUGUAGAAGACUUCCUGCUGGUCAUCAAGAAUUGGGUUGAAUCUGGAAAGACAGUUGGUAGCUGCUACAGUUUCGGCACUAGCGAGCAUGUCAAAAACACUAUUUUAGGAAAGAUAACUGAGGAAUAUAAGGAUGCGGAGGCUGGGGAUGCAUUCAUCUCGAUUCCGACAAGAUCCAAUAAUCAAGUGAAGGUGUCAAUUGAGGAGGGCAACAUAUUAAACCGAUGGGUUGUGAAGUUUGAGGUUCUUAUAAUCGAGCGGGCGCCGCAUUGA